UAACGAAAACAUGCAAUGCCGUUAGUAGUUAACCCAAGUUGAACACCUUGAGUUAACUCCCUUUUUCUCCUUAGCACGAUUCCAGUAAGGCUUCCUUAUCAACUUUCAAAUUUCUCCAUUUUCUUGAGUUUGCUCCGUCUUUCAACUUUCUCCAUUUUCUUGAGUUUGCUCCGCUUGCCCCCUUUUCAUAACAAUCCUGACUGACGUGCGCGUCUAAAGAUCACUGGUGGAGCACUAACGGAUUAUUCAGGGGUCGUAUUAAUAUCUCUUAUACAAUGGAUGUGGAUGGUGGUGAUGUUGAUCCUCCUGAUGUUGGUAAAUUUAUUAGUUUGGGUGAUGACAUAGUUGAUGACCCUGAAUUUUGUCAAGAUUCUGUGGAUGGUGUUGAUGAGUUUGGGUGUGAGGGAAGCAUGGAACAUAUGGAGUUAUAUCCGAGCUCAAAUAUGUGCUUUGAAUUUGGUUGUGUGGGGAAUGGGAUAAGCAUGGAAAAUAUGGAACUGUUGAACCACAGCUCUCCUCUGCUUGGAUCACAGGAGGUUGUCUACCAAUCUCCUAUACAGACAGUUUGCACUGUUCAGACUGUUGAGACUGUUGUAUCAACUAAUGUGCCCCUUGUUGAACCUCCAAAGGAGGGUAUGGUAUUCAAGAGCUGGGAGGACAUAGAGGAGUACUUCAAAUUGUAUACUUUUAGUAAUGGUUUUGGUGUAUCUAGAGUGCAUGGAUCUUUUUCUAAGAAGACUAAGGAGCGUAGGGGUACUAGGUAGAGGAGUGAAUGCUGGGGUCCCCCGAACAUGAGGGCCCUAAGGGAGGCCAAGAAGAGGGCCAAAGCAAUGGAAGUAGGUGGAACUGGAGGCAAGGUUAACGGUGUAAUAGGGGUGGAUGAGCUGAAACAAGGAAAGAGAAAGUCUAAAAAAUGCUUUUGUCCUGAAAACAUUUAUGCAAGUGUUAAUGAUGCAGGUGAGUGGGUAAUACGGUCAGCCGAACUAGAACAUGAUGGCCACCAACCUACCCCGACCAUGGCAAAUCUAGUGAAAGAGUACAUGAUGAAGAAUUACACUUCGUCUGUACGUAAGAAGCUAUUUAAUUACUACAAACAGGGUGUUCCUGUUAAGAAAAUACAUGGUUGCUUGUCUCAUGAAAAAGACAAACUCCCUAAUGUGAAGGACCUAGAGCACAAGGUAUACAAAGCUAAGAAGUUGAAAAUGGAAGGUGGCGAUGCCGUAGCGAUGAUGAAGUAUUUUGAGAAGAUGCAAGCCGACAACCAAAACUUUUAUCAUGCACAUCGAUUGGAUGAAGAAGGUCGGCUAAAUGAUGUGCUAUGGGUGGAUGCUAGGAGUCGUGCGGCCUACGAAGAUUUCGGUGAUGUGGUAUGUUUUGAUGCCACGUACUUGACCAACAACUACGACCUCCCUUAUGGAAACUUUGUUGGCGUGAAUCAUCAUGGUCAAUCAAUGCUCUUGGGAUGUGCCCUGGUAUCACGCAAAGAUUGUGACACCUAUUCUUGGGUGUUUACACAAUGGCUGGCAUGUAUGAGGAACCGGGCACCCUUGGGAUUUCUUAUUGACCAAGCAGCAGCAAUGAGAAGGCCGAUUGCAGAAAUCAUGCCAGCAACGCGCCAUAGAUGGUGCAUAUGGCACAUUAUGAGAAAGUUUCCUGAUAAGCUUGGGAAAUGCAAUUUUUAUGCUGAAUUCAAAAAUCUUCUUAAAGCUUUCAUUUAUGAAAGCUUCAUGGUUGAGGAAUUUGAGAGUCGGUGGCUUGAGUUUAUGAAGAAGUACGACCUAGAGGAAAAUGAAUGGUUAUGUGACCUGUUUGAAGAGCGUCACAUGUGGAUCCCGUCCUAUAUGAAGGAAUACUUUUGGGCUGGGAUGAAGACUACCCAACGUGUAGAAAGCAUCAACAGCUUUUUUGACGGUGUUGUGAACCGGAAGACUAAGUUGUAUGAGUUCCCAGAUAAGUACAGUAGGGCUAUGUCUAGGAGGGUGAAAGAUGAAAAUGAAGCUGAUACCAAAUCGACAAAAUAUGUGCGGCGAUUAGUCAGUGGGUUUAAGGUUGAGAAGGUCUUCUAGAAGUUAUAUACUGAUGCAAAAUUUAGGAGAUUUAGAAAGAAUUGUCAAGGAUGAUGUACUGUUAUGGGCGGGAGGAAAGAGUGAUUGAUGAACACAAUGUCCAUUACUAUCUUGAGGAUAGAGUGUGGAUUGUUCAGGAAGGAAGGAGCGAAGAUGUUAUAAUGGACAAAAGGCGAAUUUACUGUGUCAGAUUUAACCGAGAAAUGAACGAACUCAGUUGCGAUUGUUGUAAAUUUGAAACAUUCGGUAUUUUUUGCAAGCACUGCAUUCGUGUACUUGUUCAAAACCUUGUGUUCAAGAUACCAGACAAGUACAUCUUGGACCGAUGGCGCAAGGAUGUUGUUAGAAAGCGUACCCGUGUUAAGGUUGCAUACCAUGAUCUGUCGGAUACAGCCGAGGUGAAGAGAUUCAACAAGAUCAUGUCCGAGUUUGAGCCAAUAUGCGAUGAAGCGUCUGCUGUUGAUGAGGAUACAGUAGAGAUGGUGAUUGCAUCCUUGUCAAAGCUAAGGAUUGAAGUAAAGGAAAGGAGGAAGAAGUUCAUUGCAAAGAAUGGGGUUCAGCUACUUCCUAGCAGAAAGUAUCCUCCCUCUGAAAAAGUUUCGACUAAUAAUGUAAUCACUCCGUCUUCUGUCACAAAACCGUCCGCCAUGUAUGAAGGAUGGGUGGAAGGUAGCAUUCAGGAAGAUGUAGAGUGGGUCGAUUUAGAGCCAGAAAUCACUGAAUCCCUAGUUGACCCACCGCCACCAGUUACCCAACAGGUGCUAGACCCAAAAUCACGGAAACAUCCUCGCGGAAGGCCCAAAGGAUCGCGAAAUAAAACACUUGCAGAAUUGGGUUAUAAGAAGAAAACCAAGGCGAUUCUUGCCCUAGUUGAUGAAAAUGAACCAGGAGCUGAUGAAGUUGUUGCACCUACUCUAGCUGAUAAACCCAUGAACAAACGAAGGAAAUGAAGAGGAAGGCCACUAAAAAACGCGGGCCUGCUGGUGAAGUUGCAGCCACCCCAACCUCUUAUGAUGAAAAAUCUCCAGCUGAGAAACCCAUCCCCAAACAAAAGGGACGGAAGAGGAAGGCCACUACAAAACGCGGGGCUGCUGGUGAAGGUGUAGCCAGCCCAACCUCGUCUUUUGAGUUCUAAUUAGCUGGCUGUGGCGUAGAACUGUAUCCAGGACUUCCUAUUAUGUAUUCAGGUCAAACUGUGUAGCUUUAGUAUUAGUAGUUUGUUUUUAAGGAUCGUAGUUGCUUGGUUUAGGCUACAAUCUUUUGGACUAUUUCUGCAUUGUUCGAACAACCUUUUGGAAAUGUGUUGUGUUCAUGUGGAGCAAUUAAUGUGGUUAGAUCACAUUGGAACCAUAUUAGAUUUAUAUAUCAUGCUCUAAAUACACUUGAUUAAUGAUUUAAUUUCUGUUA